AUGGAUCUUGUUCUGCACCUCGCAGAUGAAUAUCUCCUCGACAAAGUAUGGGUGGGGCUGCUGCCUCCCAACGAUCAUCCGUCAUAUGCUUCCCUUUCCACGUCUGCAAACUUCACGUCAAUCACGUAUCUUCAGCAGUCUGCCUGGCCUCGUGAUUACAUCCCUAGACAAAUUAUUUCUCUCAGUGUAAUCACCCUCAUGGGCAUUCACUGCCUUUAUUUCUUGUUCGCGUGGCUCUCAUACAAAUUCAUUUUCAACCAUGAGAUGAUGCGCCAUCCACGCUUCUUAGAGAACCAAGUCAAACAGGAGAUACAAUGCAGUCUACGAGCCUUUCCCUUCAUGACCCUCCUUACCCUGCCUUGGUUCCAAGCAGAGGUAAUGGGUUACUCGAAACUCUACGAUAGUGUAGAAGAGUACGGUUGGACUUACUUGGCCCUAUCAGUACCACUCUUCUUGCUUUUCACCGACUAUGGAAUUUACUGGGUACACCGACUAUUGCAUCACCCGAGUAUAUAUAAAACAUUCCAUAAGCCUCACCACAAGUGGAUAAUACCGACCCCUUUUGCCUCUCAUGCUUUCCACCCCGUGGACGGCUACCUCCAAUCUGUCCCAUAUCAUCUCUUCAUAUUUAUAUUCCCUCUUCACCGAUGGUUAUAUCUUGGUCUCUUCGUUUUCGUCAAUUUCUGGAGUAUUUUCAUUCACGAUUCCGAUAUGGUUACCGGACAUGCCCUUGAAAAAGUGAUAAAUGGACCCGCCCAUCACACACUCCAUCAUCUUUACUUUACGGUCAACUACGGUCAGUACUUCACGUGGGCAGAUCGUGUCGGUGGUUCGUACCGCCAGCCCGAGUCGUCCCUCGAUCCCAUGCUGGAAAUUAAGAAACAGUCAUAA